GCGACGUGCUCACGUGACCCUUUACGGCCAACGUAAGUCCAUGUCAAGAUGGCGGCGAGCAGUGGCGAGUCUUCUCAAGCUCCGUCCGAUGAUCUAUUUCAAAACUUUUACUCGGAGGUGAAGCAGAUCGAGAAAAGAGACUCAGUGUUAACGUCCAAGCAGCAGAUACAUCGACUGCUCAGGCCUGGCUCGUCCUACUUUAAUCUCAACCCAUUCGAGGUGCUGCAAAUCGAUCCAGAUGCAACAGAUAUUGACUUAAAGAAACGAUUCCGAGCGUUAUCCAUUCUAGUCCACCCGGAUAAAAAUCAGGAUGAUGUCGACCGAGCACAGCAAGCGUUUGAAGCUGUGGACAAGGCAUACAAACUUCUUCAGGAUCCAGAGCAGAAGAAGAGGGCUUUAGAUGUCAUUCAGGCAGGAAGGGAAUAUGUGGAGCACAUGGUAAAAGAGAAAAAGAAACAGUUAAAAAAGGAAGGGAAAGCUCAGAUAGUAGAAGAGGAUGACCCGGAACUAUUCAAGCAAGCAGUGUAUAAGCAGACCAUGAAACUCUUUGCUGAGCUUGCUAUCAAAAGAAAAGAAAGAGAAGCCAAGGACAUGCAUGAAAGGAAAAGGGCGCGAGAGGAAGAAAUUGAAGCAGCGGAAAAAGCAAAACGAGACAGGGAAUGGCAGAAAAAUUUUGAGGAAACGAGAGAUGGCCGUGUGGACAGUUGGAGGACGUUCCAGGCAAAAGGCAAGAGCAAAGAAAAGAAGAACAGGUCCUUCCUCAAGCCACCCAAAGUAAAGAUGGAGCAGAGGGAGUGACUGACAACCAGGACUUCAUUAACUUCAAAUCUGCUGUUUUCCAUACCGUUCCCUCCUUUAUAUGCCCCAGCAGUUUUUUUUUUUUUUGUUCUCAGACAUUUUCUUGGAUCCUAUCACCUCAUGUAAGUAAAUAAUGCAUCGUCCAUAUCUUGGAAUUUUUUUUUUAUAUUCAGAAAAUAAAAGUUCCCUUUUAUGCCCAUCUGUAACUGUAUAUGUCCAUUUCGGCAGCUACUUCCGACGCUGCAUUAAAUGUCAUCUAGUUGCAGUUAUUUUGGCAUUUGUCUUGAAAUAAAGGACAGUAAGCCAGA